AUGUUACAUUAUGAUCUGCGAGAAGAUGUAAAGGAGCUUCUCCCUCAACUCGAUGAUUUUCGCCACAACAAAACCCUUCUUUCAGAUUCAAACGUACCCCUACCGAGAGCCCUGAAAGUGGUAUUUCAGGAGCUAAUCCGAAUGCAAACCAAAACUUUGAGUCCGAGUGAGUUAUGCGUUCAAAAAAUUGACAGAUAUACAUAUCAGACGAGGGAAGAAACUGAUCAAUAA